AUGGUUUACUAUAAAGCCGAGAUCUUGCCGCGAUAUACCCAAUUUGAACACGAUCCUGUCACUAUCCCUAUUGAAACAGUCGAUUUCAAUAGCGACCGUGUGGUGCAACAAGCAAAUUCAAUGACAACCUUGCUACCAUCUCAAUCGCGAUCCUGUCGUGAGCUCUUUUCGGACACAACAGCGAGUUUUGAACGUGAAAAAUUCACGAAUAUGUGCGUCCGCGAUAGCGAUUCAAAUUGGAUAUUGCGCGGCAAGAUUAUUAUGGCCUCGGAACGUGCAAUGAAGCGCGGACACUACUAG